AUGGCCUUACUCUCAACACAUCCGGCCUACCAUAUCCUAGAUUUGAACUUUGGCGGUCCUUCAACAUGUCCGCCGCAGCAGGAGCCCGCUCGGAGGGACUUCGAUUCAUCGUCUAUGGACUGGACCUCGCCCGGCGCGCAACAAACGCGCUUCAACGUCGGCUCCUCGAUGGGUCACGCAUCGCAGCAGCAGAACGAGGGAAUGGAACUCGAUGAACUCAACUCGCCCCCCGCCGGAGUGUCGAACUUGAUUGCGCGCUUUGAAGGGAUUCGCGCUGCGCCGUCAAGCAGCAAUAGGGUCACGAGUCCAGUCAACUCGGUAGUUCAUCAGGCUCAACAGCCUGCCGACUUUAGUCAACUGGAUCCUUUUAACAACUCGUCGGCCAAGUCGUUUGGUUCUCAGUCGAAUACUUACAACUUGCCGACAAAUGAUUUUAAUGCGACGAACAAGAAUUUCGCAGCUCAAUCAAACACUUUCAAUUCCCAGACGAACACGUUCAACACAUCAUCCAAGGCUUUCGCCUCUCAAACCAACAACACCUUUGGCCAGUCGAACAAUACAUUCAGCCCGACGAAUACUUUCGGCUCCCCCACACAUACCUUCAAUCCACCAUCAAACGCAAAUGCCUUCAGCCCACCACCGAACACGAAUGCCUUUAGCCCGCCGCCUGCAGCCUUCAGCCCAGUAUCUACACCAUUCAGCCCGGCAACGUCAGCCUUUAGCCCAGCACCGACGCCGGCACCGAGCCUUAUCCCUGACACUCCGAGUGGGAUUCAAACGCCCUUUGGCCCUCCGCCUCCCACAUCAUUUCCUGGCCGAGCUCGAGCACCUAGCAUCGCUCCCACACCGAAGCCUGCCACGGGUAGUCGGCCGUCACGGGAGCAGGUUCCUGCUGAAGCCUGGGAGUCCUUCAAGCUGACCAUCAGGCACUUGUAUCUGGAAGAGCGGAGGCCUCUGAAAGAGGUUAUGCAAAUCAUGACCGAUCAGUAUGGUUUUCAAGCAACGCCGAAGAUGUAUAAAACGAGAUUCUCGCAGUGGGGCUUCGUCAAGAACAACACCGAGGACGAAGUGAAGAGACUACUGUCGAUGAAGUUUCAGCGCGAUGCCGAAGGCAAGGUGUCCGAAUUUGUGCGGAACGGUAGGGUGGUCAACUUGGGCACGUAUCUCAAGAGAAAAGGUGUUACGGAGUACGAUCUCGUCGACUUUGAAACGCCAGCUCAACUUCCGUCCUACGUGCGAUGUCGUACCCCGACACCGCCGCCCGCUCCGGGCUAUCUGCGAUCACCAGACCUGAUCCGAGCGCAGGAGACGAUUGUUGGGAACAUGAGGAAGGCAUUCUUGCAUUGUCGCCAGUUCGAAGUGGAAACUGACAGGCAGGUCGGAUGGACAUCGAUUAUGCUAUGGGGCGCCGGAUCGAGCGACAUGUUCGCCGACGCCAACAAGAAAUUCGAAAUGGGCGAGCACGAUGCAGGUGGCCAUCUCCUCAUGAGGGCAUUCAAGCGACUGGAGAUGGAUCUCAAGCAGCUUUCGCCCCAAGGCAUCAAGGAGCUACUUCUUGGCAUGGUGCAUCGCGAUGCAGGCAUGAUGACUGCCCUCUGCAAAUAUCUAGCCGCCUAUUCGUCGACAAACUUUGAACGAUCGCAUCCCCUACGACAGACUGCAACAGAAGCACGGGCCAAUCACGCUAUCGGAGCUGGUCUGGGCUGUAUUCCCACCAUCGCCGAAGAGCUCGAGGCCAUCUACGGCCGGCGCCACCCGUACGUUGCCCGGACAUGGAUCGACCUGGCCAUCUUCUACAACCAUGCCAACCCCGAAAGACUCGAGAAGCUGCUCUCGGAGCUCCAGCUGCUGCGGCGACAGGUCGCCGGCCGUUGUGGGCAGGGCAGCGCGGAUGACCUGGCCCUGCGAUACGCCGUGGUGCAGCUGAUGCAGGCAGCCUGGCCUAACGGUGACAAUACAAGGGCGGAAGCUCUCGACCUAUGGACGACGAUGAAGGAUGCCGGACUCGUCUUUCCCGUGCGAGGGGCGGAACACAACACGUUUUGCUAUCACAGCCCACUCAAGGUGGACCCGUGGGAUAGGCGAUGCAGAGACCGGUACGACGUUGGAACUCAGUUCUUCCAGCAACAUUGCGGCAUCAAGGUCCUGCCAUAUUUCGAAGAGGAUAUGCACUACACUGAGCAUGCUCCCGACUCGCACUCGGCGCUGGCGGCAGCUUUGGGACACAUGGCGCCGUCCAAGUUCUCGCUCAUCUAG